CCCCUCCCAGCGUCAUGGAGAGAGCGUGAUGCGUGCGACAGCAUACAGAGCAUCCUUCCGUCUUGUACUCGCUCCCGCGAAAUACUGGCCAACCACGGGCGCGGUGAAUAAGCGGUCAGCCCUCGUAACCGUCGGGACAUAGACGAGAUGCCUCCCAAACUCGAAGAUGCGCCCUCGAGAGGACACUCGCGCGACUCGUCGCGUGCCAGCGCCCACCACGCCCACGCGCCCGCCACACCCAGCCAGCUGAGGCAGGCGCAUGUGCCCUCGGACCGGUCGAGCAGCCCCGAAGAGACGAUGGGCCGACACAGACGCCAGUCCUACUACCAAGACGAGCAGCAGCAGGACGCCAGCCAUUCUGCGCCUUACGACAUCGACAUCUCCGCCGAGGGCAUCCAGCCGGGUGGAAAUGACACGCCCGAGUCCGCACGCUCAACGCACGACUUCGCCGAGGCGCCCCAGCACGACGGCAUCGUCGAGGUCGAUAUCAGCGAGCCCAAUGUGCGCUCACGCCUGCUCGACGCGGCGCAAAGAAACGAGUGGGCUCCGCGGCCAGGCGUGCACCGCAACUACGGCAGCUUUGCCGGCAGCGUCCACUCGGACCACAGCUUCGGCGGCGCAUUCCCAGGUCUGUCACGUUCAGCCGCUGGCGAGGAGGAGGCGGCCGAUGCCACACGCGCGCUGCUCGGCGAUGCCUUCGCGGACAGUGUCAUCAACAGCGGGGACAGGAAGAAGAUGAGCACCACCCGUUGGCUGGCCGAGCGUCACGGCAUCAAGAGCCAGCGUAUGAUGUACCUGCAGUACUACAUACCUGUUCUCAGCUGGACUCGCCAGUACAAGUGGCGGUAUCUCAAGGGCGAUCUGGUUGCUGCCAUCACUAUGGCCUCGUUCUACAUCCCCAUGGCCCUCUCGUACGCUUCCAACCUUGCCCAUCUGCCGCCGGUCAAUGGUCUCUACAGCUUCGCCAUCAAUCCGCUCAUCUACGGAAUCUUGGGAACCUGUCCGCAGAUGAUUGUUGGUCCAGAGGCUCCUGGCUCGCUGCUAGUGGGUGAGAUCGUGCGAGAGAACAUCAAGAAGGGCGCAUCCGGCGAGGCUGAUGGCCGACUGAACGCUGAAAUUGCGGGUAUAGUCACGUGCAUGGCCGGUGGCUUCAUCUUCGUGGCUGGCCUCUUCCGCCUGGGAUUCCUGGAUAACGUGCUGAGUCGGCCGUUCCUAAGGGGUUUCAUCAGUGCUAUUGGCGUUGUCAUCUUCAUCGACCAACUGAUCCCUGAGACCGGUCUUGCACGGCUGGCAGCCAAGCAUGUUGCUCACGGCAGCUCUCUGGACAAGCUGGUCUUCCUCGCAAAGAACAUCCACCGGGCACAUAAGCUCACAUGCGCCAUGUCCUUCACGGCAUUCGGCAUCAUCAUGUUCUUCCGAGAAUUCAAGAAAAGACUGCAACCCCGCUACCCCAGCGUAGCCUACAUCCCGGACCGCUUUCUCGUCGUCGUCCUCUCCGCAAUCCUAACCUGGCACUACAGGCUGGACCAACACGGCCUCGCGGUCCUCGGCGACGUAAACUCCAGCGGAUCGCUCUUCUCCGUGCACUUCCCCUUCGACACGUCGCACAUCAAAUACGUCGGCGACGCCGUCAACACCGGCCUCAUCAUCGCUUUACUCGGCUUCUUCGAGUCCAGCGUCGCCGCGAAAUCCCUCGGCAGCGGCGACACAACAAAGGACGGUGUCCAGCUGCCCCUUUCCGCCAACAGGGAGUUGAUAGCCUUGGGAACAGCGAACAUGACAGGCGGCCUAUUCAUGGCGCUCCCCGCGUUCGGGGGCUAUGGGCGCUCAAAGGUAAACGCCUCAACCGGCGGCCUAACCCCAAUGAGCAACAUCUUCCUCUCUUUGAUCACCAUCCUGUCCACCGUCUUCCUACUCCCGUACUUCUACUUCCUUCCCAAAGGCGUGCUGUGCGCCAUGGUCAGCGUCGUCGCGUACAGCCUCGUCGAAGAAGCCCCGCACGACAUCAAAUUCUUCCUCAAGAUCCGAGGCUGGUCCGAACUCCUCCUCAUGGGCCUCAUUUUCUGGAUCACGAUUAUCUGGGACUUGAAGCGUGGGAUUGGUGUCGGCAUCGGUCUGUCCAUUUUGCGUUUGAUCCGCCACAGUGUGAGGCCGAGGAUUCAGAUCUUGGGCAGAGUGCCGGGCACGACGAAUCAGUUCGCCAACGCGGAGCUGGAUCCGGAGAGUCUGGAGUUCGUCGAGGGGUGUCUGAUUGUUAAGAUCCCGGAGCCGCUUACGUUUGCUAACACGGGAAACCUCCGCUCCCGUCUGAGCCGCCUUGAGGACCACGGCACCGCCGCCGCACACCCCGCGCUCCCGCGCAUCAGGCGCAGAGAACACAACAAAAACGUCAUUUUCGAUGUGCACGGCGUCACCUCCUUGGACGGCGCCGGAGCCCAGGUUCUCUCUGAAAUCGUAGAAUCCUACCGCAAGCGCGACGUCCGCGUGUUCUUCUGCCGCGUACCACCUGAGCGCAGUUUAGUCUACCAACUGUUUGAAAAGAGCGGGAUUGUGGAGAUGUGUGGCGGACAAAGACAUUUUGUCAAGAGCGUCGAAGAAGCACUGCGGAUGGUGGAUCUCGAGCGUCUUACCGAGGAGAUUGGGAGUGAAGCUAGUGGCUCGAGGCCUGUGAGUGGGCUGGGGUUGAGCUGAGUUGGGUGUGUGUUCGAAAGGGGUCGUAAAAGAGGCUAGAUGAAGCAUGUGCAUGUGCAUUAGGUGUAUGAAGCGUUGAAGCGUUUGCUUUGGGGAGCACAUACUUGGCGUUAUGUAGGCAUCGCGAUGGCGUUUUGUAGGAAAAGUUCAAUCGUAAAGCGAAGCAUGCUGUUUGGCUCCAUCUGCACGCCCC